UGGAAAUGUGAUUAUUUAAAUAUAGAAAUGAAAGGCAAUUGGAUAUAAAUAUGAAAUAUAUGCACAAGGCAUGACUCACUCCAUUCAUCACUAACCUCCACAGUUCCCCUUUAUAUUCCACCCAGCUCCCUAAAACCAUCAUCAUUCCUUGUCCCCUCCAUUCACUAUUUUUUUUUCUUCCCUCUCAAUUAUAAACCCCCAUUUUCAACAUUAAUUCCUCAAAUUUAAGCCCCUCACCUCAUUGGGAUUUUCAUUUUUAGUGGAAACACACACACACACACACUAGUCCAUGAUGAGACAGCAUGAGCAAAUAGUGGCAAGCCUUCCAAGAAACAGCAGCUGCAAGAGCAGCAGCAAGAUCAUCCCCGCCAGCUUCACUCGCUCCACCUCCAACGCCGACGCCUUCCACCACAAAGCCCUCGUCCGCCGCCCCGCCGCCGCCCUCCACCAAACACGCAGCGGCGUCUCCACCUUCCUCCGCUCCCUCAUCUCCAUCUUCACCUUCCCCUCCUUCCUCCCGGCGUGCCGCUGGCUCCACAUCCCCACCCACCUCUCCGUCACCCCCUCCCUCGGCCGCAAGGUCACCGGGACCCUCUUCGGCCACCGCCGCGGCCACGUCAGCUUCGCCGUCCAAGACGACCCGCGAUCCGAACCCGUCUUGCUCAUCGAGCUCGCCCUCUCUACAUCCACUCUGGUCAAGGAGAUGUCGUCGGGCCUCGUGAGGAUCGCGCUCGAGUGCGAGAAGCCGCCUCCAGCUCCGCGCGGCGGGCGGGCGGCGGCGUCGAGGCUGUUUGCGGAGCCGGCGUGGACGAUGUACUGCAACGGGAGGAAGUGCGGGUACGCGGCGGCGAGGGCGUGGACGGAGUCGGACCGCCACGUGCUGCGGACGGUGCAGAGCGUUUCGGUGGGGGCCGGAGUGAUUCCGGUGGUGGACGACGGAAGGAAAGGGAGCGCGGCGGAGGGGGAGCUGCUGUAUAUGAGGGCCCGCUUUGAGAGGGUGGUCGGCAGCCGUGACUCCGAAGCUUUCUACAUGUUGAAUCCGGAUGGAAAUGGUGGGCCCGAGCUCAGUAUUUUUUUACUCAGAAUUUGAUUUUUCUUUUUCAAAAUGAAAAACAUGUAUGGUUGCUUGUAGUUGUUGGGGUUUGGUGCUUUUUUUUUUUUUACAUAUAUAAAACAUAAAUAAAUUUGAUGAUAAUUAGAGGGAAUAGGUUGCGCUUAGGGAGGUUGUACUUUGUACUUUGUGAUUUAUACUUCGAUGUGGGGGAUGGAUUUUUGUUUAA